UGGCUGUAUCGCUCGUCUAGGGGCCAUGUGGUCGAUGGACUCCAUACCCCUAAUGGAAUGAUGCGUUGAGGGUAAAAGUUUUACCGACCGCUGGACUCAUGCACGCUCCUUUGCCGAUGGUUUGCCCUUUCUGGACGAACCGCUGACAACCCUAGGUUUUUCUCAAGCGGAGACUCCACAGAUGCUCCACUGAAAGGCUAUGAAGCGAAUUGCCGGGGUGUCCCACGGGGUGGGAUGCAAUGUGUUGGUGCGUUCAGGCAGGCACUCGUAUCCUUUUUAGUCCCUCGCGCUGCCUGUCUUCUUCGCUUCCCAUUCAGCACUCGUUUCUCUCCCUAGCAGUCGACGAACGACCAUUUCGCUACAAUGUUCAGACGAUACGCCAAGGACUUACCUGAAGAGGUUCUCAACUGGCGUCUUGGCUAUGCAGUGCUUGUCUUUGGCUUGUUGGGCACUGCCCGUGGUCUCGAUGAAGGUCUCAUAGGAACGACUACCUCUCAAAAAUCAUUUGUCACCCAAUUCGGACUCAAGAAUCCUCACAUGACUGCGACCGAGCAGGCCAACCUCCUCUCCAACAUUACAUCCAUGGUCCAACUCGGAUCGAUUUUUGGUGCUCUCUUUGCAUUCCCCAUCACCGACAGGAUUGGCAGACUCUGGGCUGUUCGUGAGCUCUGCUUAGUUUGGGUGGCUGGUAUCUCCAUCUUUCUUGGUGCCGCUGCUCAUGGCAGUAUCGGCAUGGUGUACGCCGGUAGAUUUAUCGCCGGACUGGGCAUUGGACAGACAACCGUCGUCGCCCCUACAUACCUUGCCGAAGUCGCUCCCAGAUCGGUUCGUGGACUGUGUGUUGGCAUCUUCUCCGGCUCAGUCUACUUGGGAAUCAUGCUCGGGUACUUUGCAUCUUACGGCACAUCAUUGCACAUCAGCAACCACAACCCCAUUCAAUGGGUGAUUCCCAACACACUGCACCUCUACUUCGCUGCCAUCAUCUUCACCUUCAGCUUUUUCGCCAUCGAGAGUCCUCGUUGGCUUGUCAAGACCAAGCAGCAGGCAAAAGCUGUCGAGAAUCUAUGCAGACUUCGUGGACUUGGACAGGAUCACGAACUCGUGCAAACCGAGAUCAUCGAUAUCAACAGUCAACUGGAACGCGAACAAGAAGCUACAAUGGGUGCCUCGAAAGUCGGUCUCCUUCGAGAACUGUUCGUCAUGCCAGCAAACAGAUACCGUAUCUUCCUGGCCAUUGGUGCUCAACUGCUGGGUCAGUGGAGUGGUGCGGGCUCAAUCACCGUUUACGCUCCUCAGUACUUUGCUCUGAUGGGCACAACGGGCACUCAAGAAAAGCUGCUCGCCACUGGAGUCUUUGGUCUCGUCAAAUUCAUCAGUGCCAUCAUGUGUGCUUUCUUCCUCGUCGACUUUAUCGGUCGCAAGCGCUCCUUGAGUAUUGGUAUCAGCAUCCAGUUCAUCGCUAUGCUAUACAUGGCGCUCUUCCUGGCCAUCGACACCACUAUUGGAAAAAAGGGCGAUGUUCAGUCAGCCAGUCAAAAGCAUGCUGCCAAAGGCGCCAUCGUCAUGAUCUACUUUUCCGGCUUCGGGUGGGCCAUGGGCUGGAACUCCAUCCAAUAUCUCAUCAACGCCGAAAUCUUCCCCCUGCGUCUGCGCGCUCUGGGUGGCUCCAUCGCCAUGGCGUUCCAUUUCGUUAACCAGUACGGUAACUCAAAAGCUGUGCCCGAGAUGUUUGUCGGCAUGACCACCGCAGGAACAAUGUUCUUCUUCUCGGCCAUCACAUUGCUUGGUUUGGCAUGGGUGUACUUCUUCCUACCCGAGACUAGUGGACGUUCACUGGAAAGUUUGGAUGCUGUGUUCGAGUUGCCGUGGUGGAAGGUGGGCAGGUAUGGUGCCAAGGUCGAAGUUACGCCUGCUUUGUUCGAUGAUGAGAAGGGUACCAUGGCAGAGAAGAAUCAACAAGUGGAGUAUUUGGAGACGUCGAGAGCAUAGUGUUAUGUAGUUGACAC